CGCACAUUUAUCGUUUCAAUUUGGCCACCCACUCUCACUCUUUUUUAACAACACUUUCUCACCUCUUCCUUCUCACGCAACUAACUCUUUAAAGAUUCCUCUCUACACUCAACCUUCGAAUUAAGACAUCUCUCUACACACUCGUUUCUUUCAGUUACAUCUCUCCUGUCGAGUAAGGUCUUUAGUUUUUGCUAAAGAUGGCGCUUGAAGCUCUAAAUUCACCGAGGAUAGCUUCUCCAGCUCCGACUCUGUUCGAGGAUUCAACAAGAUUCCAUGGCGUUGAGCAAUGGAGCAAAGGUAAGCGAUCCAAACGAUCCAGAUCUGAUCAUCACCACCGUCUCACUGAGGAAGAGUAUCUCGCUUUCUGCCUCAUGCUUCUCGCUCGCGACGGCGAUCGCCAUCACGUGGAGAAGGAAAAGACGAUUUACAAGUGCGGCGUUUGUGACAAGGUGUUUCGCUCUCACCAAGCUCUCAGUGGUCAUAAGGCUAGUCACCGGAUUUUAAUCAGCGGUGGAGAAGCUAAGCUGAAGACACCGACCACCGUGAAAUCUCACGUUUGCACGAUAUGUUAUAAAUCUUUCGCCACCGGUCAAGCUCUUGGCGGUCACAAGCGGUGCCACUAUGAAGGAAGUAGUAGCGUUGUUUCAAAUUCUGAAGGUGUGGGGUCUACUAGCCACGUCAGCGGCAGUAGCCACCGUGGAUUUGACCUUAGCAUCACCACCGUUCAUAGUUUCUCGCCGGACGAUGAAGUAAUGAGGCCGUUGCCGUUGAAGAAGCUCCGCCUCCAGUAAGGCCUAUGGGAUUCUUAUAGGAUUAUGUAUUACACCAAAUUUUCUAACUCAACAGAUUCAAAAUGUUUUUUAUUAUAUAGUUUUUGUUGAUUCUUUUACCCAAACAAAUACUUGUAAGAGCCUCUGCCACUUUUCAUAUAAACUAAACAUAUAUUA